AUGAGUUUCCUCUAUUCAAUAUUUGCACCCAUCAUUUUUCUUGUCACAUUCAUUUAUAACCAUGUUCUCCUCAUUCUAUUCACUCUUUGCAUAAUUGGAGCCGUCGCUUUCUUCGUCUCUUACUAUCUUUUCGCAUAUUCCAAUACUUCAUCAUCAGGUUCAUCAAGCGCCGCAACAUCCGCUAGAAACUCUCCAAAUAAAGAACGUCAUAAAAAAGUGGCAACUAUUCUCGAGACAGACAAUGAGGACGACGAGGCACGUGUCGAUGGGCCUUCGAAAUCGGGUACUCCAACUGGAUCACUUCCACUCGAGCCGCCCAAUUCACUUCCACUCAAUAUGGUUAAUUCGGCAAGCGGAUCGAAUUUGUCGGGUUCAAGGAGAAUGAGAAAACGGGAUUGGGCGAAAAAGAUUUAUAAAAGUCUUGUGCAAGACUCUCCUGGUCGCACUCCAACUGAUGAUUCAUCCGACGAGGAGAGCGCGAAUGUCGUAAUGGGUGGUCAGUCACUUCCACGUCGUCGUAGUAAACCGGGAAGCGCCACCUCCGGCUCCAGAAGACGUCAUUCGACAGCUUUUCAGAUGGCGAAAGACUUACUUCGUCGUGGAAGCCGUGUAUACUUCCGUCAGAAUCAAGAGAACAACAAAGAUACACGUCUCCGUCCUCCACAAGAAUUCUUUGAGCCAACAGAUCUACCGGAGAUUCCACAGAAUUUACAACCGGAGAUUUUCUAUAUUCUUCAUAAUCUGAAAAUGCUCGAAUUGCCAUCAGAAUGGAAGUUAGAUCCACGAGAAAUCGAGGUUCGAGCGUUCCAAGCAGGAGAGUAUAUAGUGAAACCAGGAGAAUCAGAUGACGCCAUCUAUGUGGCUAUUGAUGGAGAAUUGACGGUUCAUAUUCGACACAUGGAAGGCAAGGAAUAUCUCGUUAAACGAAUUCCCGCUGGCGGAAGCUUCUUCUCUCUCCUAUCGAUGCUCGAUAUUCUUAUGGAUUUCCCUUCAAUAUUCCGUACUGUGGCACUGAAAGCUGCAGAGCCGUGUAGAGUCGCAAAGUUUCCUAUUACAUCUUUCCGUGAAUCGUAUAGUAAAAAUCCAGAAGCAUGGAUCCGGCCGAUUCAGAUUGUUAUUACUCGUUUGUUGCAUGUCACUCUGACUACACUUCAUCAGUAUAUGGGAUUGAGUAGCGAGUUGAUGAGAAGAAGAAGAGAUGACGACAGAGGUCGCAAUGGUAGCAGCACAUCCAAACUCCAACUCUCGUUGUCACUGAAGAAAAAAGAGAAACCGUUCAAUAUCAAUGACAGCGAAGAAGAUCAGCUCAAAGUAGCCAGAAAAUGGAUGGCCGAAGCAUUCGGACUCGUUGCCGACGACGUGUCUGAGCAAAUAGCAAACAAGAUUCAUCUCGAAAGCUACGAAGCAGGGCACGUACUCAUUGAACAAGGCGCCGAGGAGGAGGUUCUAAUGAUGGUUUUGCACGGAAAUCUGAUUCUCGCUCAGGAGUCAUUGUUCGAUGAAGAAAAUAAUGAAGAAGACGAAAGUGCAGUGAUUCGAGUUACUGCUCGUGAACUUGUCGGAGGUCUUCAGAUUCUAACGAAUGAACCAUCGUUCUACACUAUUCGUGCAGCAGUGCCAACAAAAGUGGCUAUUAUGAAAAAGAAAGAUUUCUCAACAUUCUUGGAAGCCCACCCAGAGAUUUAUCUUCCAGUUGCUCAUUCAGUUCUUCGACGUCUUUCUCCUUUCCUUCGUGGAGUUGAUUUUGCGCUAGAUUGGGUUCUUGUCGAUUCUGGACACGCUUGUUAUCGAGCUGGAGAUAUGGCUGAUUCACUCUUCGUCGUUCUCAGUGGACGUCUUCGUUCUGUUGAGAAAAAGACAGUCGUCGAAGAGUUCGGUCGUGGAGAUGUUCUUGGAAUGAUGGAAGUCUUAACAAAGAAGCCACGUGCCACUACAGUGCUCGCUGUUCGUUUCUCCCAACUUGCCAGAGUCCCAGAGGGACUCCUAAAUUUCAUCAAAAUGCAGUAUCCACAAGUAGGAUUCCGACUUGUGCAGUUACUCGGACAGUACUACAGUCAAACGAAUCGUCGUGCACAAUUUGCUGCUCCGACUGUUAUACGUAGUAAUGAAAGUGGAGCAACUGACCCAAUGAGUCACAUCAAAAAUCUUCACACCAUUGCUGUCGUUCCUGCUUCUCCAGAUGUUCCACUUGUACCAUUCACUUGUGAACUCUAUCAUGCACUCUCCUCAAAUCUUCGUGUUCUUCGUCUCAGUAGUCAGAAGGUGGCUGCUUGUCUUGAUCCGAGUGUUCUUGAAAAACAAACUGACUUCCGUCUGAUGCAUUGGUUGAAUGUUCAAGAAGACACAUAUCCACUUGUGAUAUACGAAUGCGAUUUCACUCCAACCAACUGGACGAGACGGUGUCUUCGACAGGCUGAUGCUAUUCUCGUAGUUGCUAUCGGUGGAAAACAUCCAGAAAAGCAGACACUGAUGAGAGAGUUGAUGAGCAUGAAUCAAGAUGGAGUCCGUACGAACAAAGAAUUGAUUCUUCUUUGGCCAGAAAGUACAAAGACACCAUCUGGAACAAUCGAAUGGCUCAAGAACAGCUAUUUCUCAGGCCAUCAUCAUAUUCGUGCACCGAAAAGAAUGCUGCAGUGGAAUAGAAAAGUCAGAAAGUCGAGUAGAAUCGAACUGAUGACACCAACCUGUGUGGAAAAUGAAGUGAUAGAUUAUUAUGAGAAGAAUGUAUUCUGGACCACUGACCGAAGGACUGAUUUCUCGAGGCUCGCGCGUAUUCUAACUGGAAACGCCAUCGGAUUAGUGUUGGGUGGUGGUGGUGCAAGAGGAGCAGCACAUGUUGGAGUAUUGAGAGCUCUUCGUGAAGAAGGUAUCCCAGUUGACAUUGUCGGAGGAACAUCGAUUGGAUCAUUGAUUGGUGGCCUCUUCGCAGAAACUCCAGAUGAUACAAUUGUUGAAACAAGAGCUGCUUCGUGGUUUAAUGUGAUGUCAUCUCUCUGGAGAAAACUUCUUGAUUUGACAUAUGCUCACAGUGCAAUGUUCACUGGUGCACAAUUCAACUACACAAUCAAAGAUCUAUUCGAAGAACGUCUCAUUGAAGAUCUAUGGAUAUCAUACUUCUGUAUUUCCACUGAUAUCAGUACAUCGGAAAUGCGAGUGCACCGAUCUGGACCUCUUUGGGCAUACUGUCGUGCAUCAAUGUCUCUCGCUGGAUACCUUCCACCACUCUGUGAUCCACAAGAUGGUCAUUUACUACUCGAUGGAGGAUAUGUCAACAAUGUACCAGCUGAUGUUAUGAGGAAUCUGGGUGCUCGAUGUGUCAUUGCAUGUGAUGUUGGAUCAAUUGAAGAAACCAAUUUGUAUGAUUACGGAGAUUCGUUGAGUGGCAUAUGGGUUCUUCUGAAACGACUCAAUCCAUUUGGAACGCCUGUUCGAAUCCUGAAUAUGGAAGAAAUCCAGAGUCGUCUCGCUUAUGUUUCAUGUGUUCGUCAAUUAGAAGUUGUCAAGAAGGCGGCAUACUGUCGAUAUUUGAGACCUCCGAUUGAACCAUUCAAGACACUUGACUUCCCGAAGUUCCAAGAGAUUAUGGCUCUCGGAUUGAAAUACGGACGGGAAGCUGUACACGAACUGAUUACACACGACCGUGCCGGAAUCCUUGGAGACGAGAAAGAAGCAAGAAAGUUCAAACGACAACAGAGUCGUCGUGAGAAACCAGAUGUCUCUCGUGCUGUUUCGUUCACUGAUCUUGCUGCUGCAAUGUCGAAAAUUCCUGUGUCGCGCCCAACUCUUCGUCAUUCAAUGAGUCUGAAUCCAUCGGCAACGAAUGGCCCAGUUGGAAGAGCCGGUGAUCAUUUCCUGUUGGAUGAUGAUUUAUUCCAUGAAUCCGAUUACUACGAAGAAGAAUCAUCUCAAUCUGAGACUGGAAAUGAAUCAUUCACUGAAGACGAAGAUCUUGUUAUUGGGCCACCAAGUAGUUCAUCAUCUGGUGGUGCUAGUGGUGGUAGUGGUAGUCAGAAUGAUCCGAAUCGAAGUAUUCCAACUCCACGUCCCCCAUCUUCCUGA